AUGGCGCUCGAUGCUUAUGCUUCGUCGAACCCUAAUGAGGUUCACGCUGAUGUUCUUCUCAAAGCUAGAGAUUCUUGCUACAAGGCGAGAGAUGCUUUUUACGCUUGUUUAGAAAAGGAAUCUGGAAAGAAACCUACUGAAAUUGGGUCCGUGGGUCUUCUCUACCCUAAGGAGUGUAGCAAUUCUAGAACCGAGUUCGUCAAAAACUGCCGCUCCUCUUGGGUAAAGCAUUUCGAUAGGGAGUAUUGUAGGAACAAGAGAGUUCAAAGGCUGUUGGAUGAUAAAGACGAGAGGAAAGGUCCAAUGUCACUACCUCAGCCUUACACUUUCAAGCCCACUCCUUCGAAUUAG